AUGGCUCCAGCUCCCGAAUUGGCAUCAAAAGAUUUCAUGAAAGUUGUCGAUCAACUAUGGCGAGAGAGGCGCGAGACGUACGUCAGUUCCCCGAAUCAGCUGCUCAUUGAUGUCAAUGAAGCUUUUGCCGAUAAUAAGUUGUUUGUUUCGCUCCAUACUUCCGAAGUGCUUCCUGGCUACCUCAUUUCUGCUCGGUGCAUGGUUCAAAAUACUCUUACGCCAGAAUAUUUUCCUCUCAGUUGCACAGUAUCCAAGGGUUCGGAGACAGUAGAAGUCACUGGUUGCUUGAGGGACUCUUUUGAAGAUGAUGUAACGAACCUGGUUGAUCAUGGACAUCACCAUAGCCGUUACUGUUAUAAGAUGGUCAUGGUGCCCGGUGCGGUAGACUGGUGGCUUGAUGAUUUCAACAAAUCCCAAACGACUGCACUCUGUUCUUUGACUCAUGGUUUACGUUCAGUGGUCGCAUAA